CAAUCUUAGUUGUCACCCGUUUUGGCGUUUCUUCGUUCCAACGUGCACACUAUUCUAUCAUCUCCGGGCACUGAAAGUUGCAGCUUGCACAGAAAAUCACUUCUCUUCUUUUCUCGAAACCCUAAGCAGCUAAGCUAGUUGAUAGAAAUCAGAUCUACAGACAUUUUCUGUAUUUGUUAUCCAGUGAUGCAGCUUUAGCUAGUGGGGGUUAAAUGGCGAGCUCCGACCCAACAAGACGCCCGAGGCCGGGGCCAUGGCCGCCGGCACCCGAGACCAAUGCAAUGCCGUCUUCGUGGGCCAAGAGGACUGGAUUCAGAGCGAGGUUCUCUGGUGAGACGAAUGCGAGUGAUUCUGGUCAGAUUGUUGCAGUUCCUAAACCUAAGGAGGCGGAGCCACAAGUGGAUCUUGAAUCCGGCCGAGCUCGGCCACCUCUAAAUGCAAAUGGUGAGCCUGAGAGUGAGAAAAUCCCAGUGUCGGCCAAUAGAGAUCAAUCGGUUAAGAAGAGAAGGGAGACGGAGGGAACUGCAAGGAGCGCAGCAGCACCCAGUACCAACGGCCAGGUUCGGUCUAACCCUCCGCCUCCGCCUUCGAAACCUAGCAGAGAUGAGGAGGUCGUUGAUGUCUUGCCUCAAUCCAUCGACGACGAAGGGUUUGUGGCACGUCACUCUCAUAUGAAAUAUGAGCUCAGAGAUUCCCCUGGCCUCGUUCCCAUUGGUUUGUAUGGACUUCAGCAUUAUCUUUCCAUGUUGGGUUCCUUGAUUCUCAUUCCACUUGUCAUAGUUCCAGCAAUGGGCGGCAGUCAUGAGGAUACUUCUGUGGUGGUGUCUACUGUACUAUUCGUUUCAGGGGUGACAACACUGUUGCACACAUUCUUCGGAUCCAGGUUGCCAUUGAUACAGGGUCCAUCUUUUGUUUAUCUGGCUCCAGCACUGGCGAUAAUUAACUCACCUCAGUUCCAGAGACUGAGUGGCAAUAAUUUUAGGCAUAUUAUGAAGGAGCUGCAGGGGGCUAUUAUCAUAUCUUCUGCUUUUCAAGCAAUAUUGGGGUAUAGUGGGCUCAUGUCAGUCUUUCUAAGGCUGAUCAAUCCAGUGGUUGUAGCUCCUACAAUUGCUGCUGUUGGACUCUCCUUCUAUAGUUAUGGUUUCCCUCAAGUGGGUAACUGCAUUGAGAUUGGUACAGUGCAGAUACUGCUGGUCAUAAUUUUUUCGCUUUAUCUUCGUAAAAUAUCUGUCUUCGGUCAUCGUAUAUUUCUAAUUUAUGCAGUUCCCUUGGGUCUUGCAAUCACAUGGGCUGUAGCUUUCCUUCUUACUGAAGUUGGUGCCUAUAAUUACAAGGGUUGUGAUGUAAAUGUACCUGCCUCAAAUAUUAUAUCUGAAGCGUGCAGAAAACAUGUUUCGAGGAUGAAGUACUGUCGAGUUGAUACUUCUCAUGCACUGAAAUCUUCCCCAUGGUUUAGAUUUCCAUACCCGUUACAAUGGGGUACACCUGUCUUUGACUGGAAAAUGGCUUCUGUGAUGUCUGUGGUGUCCAUAAUUGCAUCAGUUGAUUCAGUUGGUUCAUACCAUGCAUCAUCAUUAUUGGUUACAUCCAGACCUCCAACACCAGGUGUCCUCAGCCGUGGUAUUGGUCUUGAAGGCCUUUCAAGUAUCUUGGCAGGUCUCUGGGGUACAGGAACUGGUUCUAUGACUCUUACUGAAAAUGUGCACACCAUUGCAGUGACCAAAAUGGGUAGUCGACGAUCAGUUGAGUUAGGUGCAUGUAUUUUGAUACUCUUGUCUCUUGUAGGAAAAGUUGGGGGCUUUAUUGCUUCAAUUCCUGAUGUCAUGGUUGCUGCAUUGUUGUGUUUCAUGUGGGCAAUGCUUGCAGCAUUAGGCUUGUCAAAUUUACGCUACAGUGAAGCAGGGAGCUCCAGAAAUAUUAUCAUAGUUGGGCUUUCUCUGUUUUUCUCCUUGUCAAUACCUGCCUACUUCCAGCAAUAUGGUGCUAUUCCAAAUGCCAACUCAUCCGUCCCAAGUUAUUUCCAACCAUACAUUGUGGCAUCUCAUGGUCCUAUUCAUACUAAAUAUGGCGGGUUGAACUAUGUUUUGAACACCUUGCUGUCAUUUCAUAUGGUGAUUGCUUUUCUCAUUGCUGUAAUCUUGGACAAUACUGUUCCUGGAAGCCGGCAAGAACGUGGGGUGUAUGUCUGGUCUGAACCAGAGAGUGCAAGUAGAGAACCUGCAGUUGUUAAAGACUACGGGUUGCCUUUUAGAGUUGGACGAGUCUUCAGAUGGGUCAAAUGGGUUGGGCUUUGAGAG